UACCAUGGAGGGCUCCAAGUCAUCCAGCACCACAAUGCAGGUGAGCUUUGUGUGUCAACGCUGCAACCAACCUCUCAAACUCGACACCAGCUUCAACGUCCUGGACCAACUCACCUUCCAGGAGCUCAUCGCUCCACUGGUCACCGUGACACCAAGCAAGCAAACAGAAAGCGGUGACACUGACAGUCCACCUGAGGAGGCGUUUGUGGAGAGCAAGCAAGAUGGCAUCUCACGGAAGUACAUCCCUCCUGCUAGGAUGAUGUCCACAGAAAGCGCUAACAGCUUCACACUAAUCGGUGAGGCCUCAGAUGGAGGGACCAUGGAGAACCUGAGCCACAGGUUAAAGGUAACGAGUCAUUUGUUCGACAUCAUGUCAGGGCAGAGUGACGUCGAUCACCCACUGUGUGAGGAGUGUACAGACACACUGCUCGAUCACCUAGACACACAGCUCCACAUCACAGAGAACGAGUGUCAAAACUACAAGAAGUGUCUGGAGUUGCUGUCACAGCUGCAGGUGGAAGACGAGGACACGCUGCUGAAAGAGCUGCAGCAGCUCAGGCAGGAGGAGGAGACGCUCAUCCAGGACCUGGAAGCUAUCGAACAGCAGCGGGAAUCCGUCGCCAUGGAGAUCACCGAAGCACGACGCCAUGCGCAGCAGCUGGACACAGAGGAGCUCCAGUACCAGAAAGAGUACUGCGAGUUUAAACGGCAACAGCUGGAGCUGGAUGAUGAACUGAAGAGUGUCGAUAAUCAGAUGCGCUACUGCCAAGCUCAACUGGACCGCCUGAAGAAAACCAAUGUCUUUAAUGCCACCUUUCACAUCUGGCACAGUGGACAGUUUGGAACAAUAAACAAUUUCCGUCUGGGGCGAUUACCCAGCGUUCCUGUGGAGUGGAACGAGAUUAAUGCGGCCUGGGGUCAGACUGUGCUGUUGCUACAUGCUCUUGCUAACAAGAUGGGUCUGCGCUUUCAGAGAUAUCGACUUGUUCCUUACGGAAACCACUCAUACCUGGAGUCCCUUACAGACAAGUCCAAGGAGCUGCCGCUGUAUUGCUCAGGAGGACUGCGCUUCUUCUGGGAUAAUAAGUUUGAUCACGCCAUGGUGGCAUUUUUAGACUGUGUGCAGCAGUUUAAAGAGGAAGUGGAGAAAGGAGACACUGGAUUCUGCCUACCGUACAGGAUGGAUGUGGACAAGGGAAAGAUCGAGGACACGGGCGGAAGUGGAGGAUCGUACUCCAUUAAAACACAGUUUAACUCCGAGGAGCAGUGGACCAAAGCACUAAAGUUCAUGCUCACCAACCUGAAAUGGGGCCUGGCCUGGGUUUCAUCCCAAUUCUACAACCGUAAGAUGGCUUCUGUUCAGUGGCAUUCCCGCACGCGCAGUUAUGACACGGAGUUGAGGAGCUGCCGAGCUUCAGCUUUCUCUGUGCAGAGCGGUGACUACCAUCCGCUUAAACCCAUUACAGUGACAGACUCUAAGUCCCGGCGUGGAGCCCGAAAAGGCAGCACAUCUUCGUCGUCAUCUUCCUCCAGCUCUGUGGCUCCUGACCCUCUGAGCUCUAUGCUGGAAGGCACCGACCCUCUGUCCCUCUUUGCCGCAGCUUCAGCCAGUGAAACUCCUGCGCUGUCUCAUAGCAGCUCUGCCAUGGAGCUGGGGAGGAAGCGGAAGGAAAAAGAAGAGGAAGUUGGCUGUGAUUUUGAGCCGUGGUCUGCUAAACGGGGCGAGAUCCUGGCCAGGUUCACCACCACGGAGAAACUCUCUAUAAAUCUCUUCAUGGGCUCUGACAAAAGUAAAGCCACCAGUCCCAGCUCUGCUGUCUCAGAGAAAGUGCGCAAUCGUCUGGAGGAGCUAGAUGACAUAGAGGAAGGCUCUCAGAGGGAACUGCUGAACCUCUCUCAGCAGGAUUAUGUAAACCGCAUCGAGGACCUAAAUCAUUCCCUGAAGGAAGCCUGGGCUUCAGAUCAGAAAGUCAAAGCGCUCAAAAUCGUCAUUCAGUGCUCCAAGCUGCUUUCUGACACAUCAGUGAUCCUGUUUUACCCCAGCAAGUUUGUCCUCAUCACAGACAUCCUUGACACAUUCGGUCAGUUAGUUUAUGAUAGAAUCUGGUCCAUGUGCUCGGAUCCUGAUCCUCUGCCAGACUCGUUCUCUGUGGAAGACGUGAACGACACGGCCAAAGAGACGUGCCUCAACUGGUUCUUCAAAAUUGCCUCCAUCAGAGAGCUGAUCCCUCGCCUGUAUGUGGAGGCUGCGAUACUGAAGUGCAACCGGUUUGUCAACAAAUCAGGGAUUCAGGAGACUCUUCCUCGGCUCACGGCUAUGAUUCGAGGGAUCGGAGACCCUUUAGUAGCCGUGUACGCUCGAGCCUACCUGUGCAGGGUGGGCAUGGAGGUGGCACCACACCGGAAGGACAGCCUGAACAAGAACUUCUUCGACCUCCUGGCGUCUUUCCGACAGAUUCACAGCGACAGCGUUCAGAAUCAGUUGGUCAUCCAGAGGGUGGAGAUUCCUGUCUACCUCACGCUGUAUUCUCCUGCCAUCCACUGGAUUCUGCAGUGUGUUGCUUACCGAGCACCCGAUGUGCUGCUGACAGAAAUGAUGGAAAGAUGCAAGAAGCUGGGCAACAAUGCUCUCCUGCUGAACUCUGUCAUGUGGGCCUUCCGGGCCGAGUUUGUGGCAGCAAGAGCCACCGAUUUUAUUGGCAUGAUCAAGGAGUGUGACGAGGCUGGAUUUCCUAAGCACCUGUUGUUUGGCUCUCUGGGCCGGAGCUUGGCCUGUGCAGAUCCUCCUGAGUGCGAAAGGUUGCCCAUCCUUAACGAGGCCUGGAAGGUCAUUACCAAAGUGCGCAGUCCACAGGACUAUAUCACCUGUGCUGAAAUCUGGGUAGAGUUUACCUGCCGUCAUUUUACCAAAAGAGAGGUGAACACUGUGCUGGCUGACAUCAUCAAACACAUGACCCCUGAUCGAGCAUUUGAGGAUGCGUAUCCACAGUUGCAGUCAGUUAUGACGAAGAUCCUCACCUACUUUCACAACUUCUCCGUCCUCUUCUCCAUGGAGAAAUUCUUACCCUUCUUGGACAUAUUCCAGAAAGACAGCGUGAGAGUAGAAGUCUGUAAAUCCAUCAUGGACAUCUUCAUCAAACAUCAGCAGGAGCCGACUCGUGAUCCCGUCAUCCUCAACGCUCUGCUCCACGUCUGUAAGACCAUGCACGACUCCGUCAACGCUCUCACUGUGGAGGACGAGAAAAGGGCUCUAGCUCUGCUGAUUAACGGCUUCAUUCGCAUGGUAUCUUUUGGCCGGGACUUCGAGCAGCAGUUGAGUUUCUGUGUGGAGGCCAGAGCCACGUUUUGUAACUUGGAGCCAGUUGUCAUUCAGCUUAUUCAUAUGGUGAAUCAUUUAGCCAUGGAGACGAGGCGAGUGAUGGGCGGGAAUCACUCACGCAAGACCGCUGCGUUUGUCCGGGCAUGUGCAGCAUACAGCUUCAUCACCAUCCCGUCUCUUAGUAACAUCUUCAGCCGUCUGCAUCUGUACCUGCUGUCAGGACAGGUGGCUUUGGCCAAUCAGUGUCUUUCCCAGGCCGAUUCAUUCCUGAAAGCAGCAGUCAGUAUUUUACCUGAAGUGCCACGUGUCAUUAACAUCGAUGGUAAACAACGUUCUUCUGAACCCUUUCUCCUCGACUUCAUCAGCAACUUCCUGUCCACGCUGCUGGUGGUGCCGGACCACCCUGAGCAGGGCGUGCUAUAUUUGGUGAGAGGAUUGUUGAACAUGGUGCAGGAUUACACGUGGGAGGACAACAGUGACGCUAAAGUACGCGUGUACAUCAGUGCUAUACCUCUGCUGGCUGCUAUGAGUCAGGAAACCUAUCUCUACACUAUUCCUAAAGUGGACUCUAACGAGACGCUGUAUGGUGGUGACCCCAAGUUUGUAGCUGAGAUCAGUCGAGUGUGUGAAACUGUGAUUGGCCAAGUGCUGGAUUACCUGAAGACUCUGAGCCAAGACGAGGGAGCACGCCGGCAGGGAACUCUCGCAUUCUCUCUCUUCGGCUGUUUGUUGGCUCAUGGAGAUCUACGCAAUAACAAACUCAACCAACUCGCCGUUAAUCUGUGGAACCUGAGCCAUAAGAACGGCUACUGUGAUACACGCACCUCGGUGCGCACACUGGAGCACAUUAAGCAGCAGGCCCAGCAGCCUGACAUGGCUCACCUAUCCGACAUGCUCCUGCGGCUCUCCUUGCAGUCACGGACCUGAAAUUCAGUGACUUUUGACCAUUCAGAACCCAGUUUCUGACGAACCAGUGGAUCGUCGUGAGGUCUGAGAUACUGAAGAUCUGACGCUGUCUCACCUUCGUGUCACAGGUUAUGUCAAUGAAAUGACUAAAAAACAUCACGUUACCUUCACAGCACUUACAAAUCAGUGAUCUGCUUGUGUGUUAUUGUGCAGUAGUUUAACUCUGUUCACUUAGACCACAGAGCCCCACAAACACACUGUACAGGAGCCUGCUUGUGUUGACGUAAAUAAAUAUGGCUCAUGUGAUGCUCUUGCUGUCCUGCAACCUGAUUGGUUGGGACGUAAAUCAAUUUUUAAUCAAUAAUCAUUACUUAGUUUAAAAAAUAUUAACAUUAUUCUAGUUUUCUAAAUGUCAGAUCUAAUUGUUUCCACAUUUAAUAAGCUUUAUUUGUAUUUUGUUUAUAGAAUGCACUGGUCACCUGAGUUCCUUUUUUUAUAUACAUAUACUGUAUAUCUCUGUCUGAUGCAUUAAACACCAUGUCCAUGUUGA